GGCAGGUUCUCAGUUCAGACAUGAUUGAGGUUCGAGUCUCUCUCUCGGCUCUCACUUCAAAAUUGCACUCUGCACCAUUCAAUCUUCUGUUGGAGGCAGAAACGGAUAUGCAUAAAGUUGUUCACUUUGCUCUUUCCUCUUUGUGGAGCAUUAUUUGAAUGAUGAUCAUGUAGCAAAAAAGGAAGUAUAGGAAGAGAUAAAGACAGAUUUGAAAAAAAAAAAAAAAUGAGUGUUUCCUUAACAGUGAUGACCUUCAACCUACACGAAGAUCAGCCACCAGACAGUCUUAAUUCAUGGGAAAAGAGGAGGGAUUUGUGUCUCAGCGUCAUCACCAGCUACUCCCCAAUGAUCCUCUGUACCCAACAAGGAGUGAAAUCCCAAUUGGAUUACCUUCAGCAGGGCUUGCCAGGUUAUGAUCAAUUUGGAAUAUCUAGGAAAGGAUCCCAAGAUACUUCAGAUGAACACUGCACCAUCUUCUAUGACAAGGAGAAGGUAGAGCUGGUAGAAGGUGGAACUUUUUGGUUGUCAGAGUCGCCUUCUGUCCCUGGAAGCAUGUCGUGGGGCUCUGUUGUUCCAUGUAUUGCAACAUGGGUGACAUUCCAACUGAAAGGAGUUGAGCCACCAGGGUUUUCAUUUCAGAUAGUCAACACAAACAUCGAUGAGUUUAGUCCUCGUGCUCGUAGACGAAGUGCUUUACUUACAUGGCAGCACAUUGCAUCCCUACCUCCUAGCUUACCUGUAGUAUACUGUGGAGGUUUCAACACACAAAAGGAAUCAACUACGGGGCGUUUUCUUCUUGGGAGAUCAAGAGAGCAUGGUGUGGUAGGGGAUAUGAGGGAUGUGUGGCCCAAUGCCCGUGUGAGGAAAAAUGUUUCUCUCAUACGCACUUACCAUGGAUUCAAAGGUGACAAACAGGGAACCCUUGAAUACCUCAAAUUGAUUUUCAGAGCUCUCUGCCUUUGCUGGGAUCGCCAAACUCAGGAUCUACACGUAGAUUGGAUUCUCUUCAGGGGUAGAUCUCUAAUUCCCGUUUCUUGUGAAGUGGUGAAUGAUAACAUUGAUGGGUACUAUCCAUCAUCUCACUAUCCCAUAUUUGCUGAGUUCAUGCUUCCUCGUACCGUGAGAAUGCCAGAACCACCCACUCAAGAGGAAAACUAAAAUGCUAGUUGUUUUGAGUCCUAUCCCUUGCCUUCUACUUAGAGCGCCAAGGACAACUGAUUCUUGCCAAGAUCAGAUAGCCAUUUUGAGCACUUUUUGUUGGUUAUGUUGGAUCUUCAACUAAUUUUUGAGGUGCUUUGAGAA